CGGCCCGGCGCCGGCCCCCGACCCCGAUCCCCGGGGCCAGCGGGCAGGCGGAGGCACCGGGAUGCAGGGCAAGAAGCCGGGCAGCGUGGGUGAGCCUCCGGGAGACGAGGCGCAGAGGCACAAGAAGAAGAAAAAGAAGGCGUCCUGCUUCUCCAGCAUCAAGAUCUUCCUGGUGUCCGAGUGCGCCCUGAUGCUGGCCCAGGGCACGGUGGGCGCCUACCUGGUGAGUGUCCUGACCACGCUGGAGCGCAGGUUCAACCUCCAGAGCACCGACGUGGGCGUGAUCGCCAGCAGCUUCGAGAUCGGCAACCUGGCCCUCAUCCUCUUCGUCAGCUACUUUGGGGCUCGGGGGCACCGGCCGCGCCUCAUCGGCUGCGGGGGCAUCGUCAUGGCCCUGGGAGCACUGUUGUCAGCGCUGCCCGAGUUCCUGACACACCAGUACAAGUAUGAGGCGGGCGAGAUCCGCUGGGGAACCGAGGGCCAGGCCGUGUGUGUGGCCGCCAACAGUUCCUCUCACCCACGAGGUGGCCCCGAGCCGGCCCCCGACCCUGACCUCAUCUGCCGUAGCCGCACGGCCACCAACAUGAUGUACCUGCUGCUCAUCGGGGCCCAGGUGCUCUUGGGCAUUGGGGCCACCCCUGUGCAGCCGCUCGGUGUCUCCUACAUCGACGACCACGUGCGAAGGAAGGACUCAUCCCUCUACAUUGGAAUCCUGUUCACAAUGCUGGUGUUCGGGCCAGCCUGCGGGUUCAUCCUGGGUUCCUUCUGCACCAAAAUCUAUGUGGAUGCCAUUUUCAUCGACACAAGCAACCUGGACAUCACCCCAGAUGACCCUCGCUGGAUCGGGGCCUGGUGGGGUGGCUUCCUCCUCUGUGGCGCUCUGCUCUUCUUCUCCUCGCUCUGGAUGUUCGGUUUCCCACAGUCGCUGCCCCCGCACCCCGACUCGGGCCUGGAGAGUGAGCAGGCCAUGCUGCCCGACAGGGAUGGGCCCCCGAAGCCCAGCAACGGGGUGGUGCGGCACCCGCUGCACCCUGACAGCUCUGCCUCUUGCUUCCAGCAGCUUCGAGUGAUCCCCAAGGUCACAAGACACCUGUUAUCCAACCCCGUGUUCACCUGCAUCACGUUGGCCGCCUGCAUGGAGAUCGCAGUGGUGGCCGGAUUUGCCGCCUUCCUGGGCAAGUACCUGGAGCAGCAGUUCAACCUCACCACCUCGUCUGCCAAUCAGCUGCUGGGGAUGACAGCCAUCCCCUGCGCCUGCCUGGGCAUCUUCCUGGGCGGACUCCUGGUGAAGAAGUUCAGCCUGUCGGCGCUGGGCGCCAUCCGCAUGGCCAUGCUGGUCAACCUGGUGUCCACCGCCUGCUACGUGUCCUUCCUCUUCCUGGGCUGCGAUACAGGGCCCGUGGCCGGGGUGACCGUCCCCUAUGGAAACUCCUCAGCCCUGGACCCCUAUGCACCCUGCAAUAAAAACUGUGAGUGCCAGACCGACACCUUCACUCCUGUGUGCGGGGCCGACGGCAUCACUUACCUGUCGGCCUGCUUCGCGGGCUGCAACAGCACGAACCUCACUGGCUGCACCUGCCUCACCAGCGUCCCACCCGAGAAUGCCACCGUGGUGCCCGGAAAGUGCCCGAGCCCCGGCUGCCAGGAGGCCUUCCUCAUCUUCCUCUGCGUCAUGUGCCUAUGUAGCAUGAUUGGGGCCAUGGCUCAGACGCCAUCCGUCAUCAUCCUCAUCAGGACCGUCAGCCCAGAGCUCAAGUCCUACGCCCUGGGGGUGCUCUUCCUCCUCCUUCGGCUGCUGGGCUUCAUCCCCCCGCCACUCAUCUUUGGGGCGGGCAUCGACUCCACGUGCCUGCUCUGGAGCGCCUUCUGCGGGGAGCGGGGUGCCUGUGCGCUCUACGACAACGUGGCCUACCGCUACCUAUACGUCAGCAUCGCCAUCGCGCUCAAGUGCACCGCCUUCCUGCUCUACACCACGUCCUGGCAGUGCCUGCGGCGCAACUACCAGCGCUACAUCCAGAACCACGAAGGGGUGCUGAGCAGCAGUGAGUUCUUUGCCUCUACCCUGACCCUGGACAAGCUGGGGAGGGACGCGGGCAGCGCCCAGCACACGCAUAGGACCAAGUUUAUCUAUAACCUCGAGGACCAUGAGUGGUGCGAGAACAUGGAGUCUGUUUUAUAGCAGCUGCCCCAUCCGGCGGCCACACGGUCACUUUUUUUAAUGCUGACAAAAACAAAAUGACAACAACAGCAACAGCAGCAACAGCAACAAAAUACCCAGUCCACGAGGCCCACACAGACACACACAAACACACAGACACAUACCACUAUCACAUCAUCCCUGCCCUUUGUUUGCCUCAAGAUCAGAGACUCGGGCCAGCUUGGACCCGGACCAACCAUCUAGGCCCCCAAGCACUUGUCCAGGAAGGGCAGGGUGGCCCGGACUGGAGUGACCGCUACAAGCAAUUCUGGGCCACUCAGAGGACAGAUGGCCCCGAGAGAUGCACAGAUAUACCGUUGCACAGGGUUGGGUUUGGUUGUUGUUGUUGUUGUUGUUGUUGUUGUUGUUGUUAUUGUUGGAAAUUGCAUAAAAGGAGCCCGAGUUGUCCUACUGGCCGGGACAAGACGGGGCCCCCCAGAGCGGCCGGUGUUGCCGCCUCUGACCUUCGCAAUAGGGUCCCUGCGUGGUGGCUCAGCUGCCGUCCACCUGUGGAUCCGUGGCCCACCUGGACGCCUCCCAGACUGGCCUCGGCGUCUCCGGGCCCUUUUCACCAGCUCCAUCUCCAUGCCCAGACUGAGGACCCACAGGGAGCCGGGUGAGGGGGGCCAUGCCGCCCCCUCGCCAGCACCCCCCAGCCCAGCCCCACAGAGCGACCUCAGGAAGCCAUGAGCCCACCUGGCAAUGACUGGCCGUGCUCAGAGCCGGGACCUCAGCCGUGUCCAAGUCAUUUGCUUCGACAUCUGCCAAACAUUUUGCCAUUUUUUAAAAAAAUAAACAAACAAAUAAAAAAUAAAAAAACCCAAGAUGAGGCCCCCCCACACAUUUCCAGCACCCUACCCACCAGACCCUCCUCCCAGUUUUUAUCGUCGGCCACACUGGUGUUUGUUCACAGUUCCCCAGGCUGAACAUCUUAUGCUGUUUGCUUUGACGUUUCUCCUUUUAUUUUAUUUUUUAAAUGCACCAGGAAAAAAAAAAAAAAUAUAUAUAUAUAUAAAAUGUAUUUCGAGGGAUGCAAUUUAUCGUUUGUAAUUUCUUUUCUUUUGAUUUGAUUGGUUUGUUUAUUUUACUUAAUGUUCAUUUGCAUGGUUUUAAAAUGAGUUCAGCUUGGCCCAAACACACCUGUUACCACCAGCA